UCCCAUUGUCCUGUUUUCUGGCAUUCCUGUUAUGAUUUUCAUGUUUCCUCAAGUUCCACUUCUUUACGAGAUUUGUGCUUCAACAUUUUGGUCCGGCAUAUUCGAAAGGCCAAAUAAGCGUUAUCGUUGAAUAAACGCCCCAGACUUUUCGAUGGUUGACGAAGACCUCAAACCACACUUCGUCUUGGUCCUUGGACACCUCCGAACCCCAAGCAAAUCACCAAAUAUCAUUCACAUUCUCCGUAAUCCCUCUCCCAAUUGAGAGUCCUACUCUACAUUUUUAACUGGAAAUUCCAUAAAAGAGACAAGUCCAAACCAAAUAUGAACUGUUCUCCGUUCAUAAUUUCAAUUUUCGCAUCAUUUUUCUUCACUUCAAACACCGCCGCUGACGGCGUCUGGGAAACUUUCCCGAAGCUUAGUGGCUGUCACGCCGGCCAACACGUGGACGGCGUGUCUAAACUCAAACACUACUUCCAACACUUCGGCUACAUCACCAACAACCCCAAGAAUCCCUCAGACGAUUUCGACGAGGAUCUCGAGUCGGCAAUCAAGACCUACCAGCUCAACUUCAACCUAGAAACCACCGGAACCCUCGACGAUCCGACGCUUAAACAGCUGGAGCGGCCUCGAUGCGGCGUCGCGGACGUAAUCAACGGCUCAACCUCCAUGAACGCCGGAAAAGGAGGAACUCCGCCGCCUCGGUCUCUACCUCACGCAAACAUCCACACCGUCGCUAGAUACAGCUUCUUCAGCGGCGCAAGGCGGUGGACCGAUCUCACCUACGCGUUUCUUCCAGAAAACAACCUAACCCAUUCCGUCAAGUCCUUGUUCUCACGCUCCUUCGACCGGUGGUCGGCCGUCAUACCGUUGACGUUCAACCAGACGACGUCGUACAGCGGCGCCGACAUCAAGAUCGGGAUAUUCAGAGGAGAUCACGGCGACGGAACGCCGUUCGACGGCGCCGGGGGGGUGUUGGGCCACGCGUUCGCUCCGCCUGACGGGAGGUUCCACUUGGACGGGGACGAGGAGUGGGCGAUGGACGGAGGGAAUCUGAACGCGACCAGCUAUGAUAUGGAAACGGUGGUGAUGCAUGAGAUUGGGCAUGUGUUGGGGCUGGCGCACUCGUCGGAUGCGGCGGCGGUUAUGUAUCCGUCGGUGGAGGCGGGGACGAGGAAGGUGGAGCUGGGGAACGAUGACGUUGAGGGGAUUCAGGAGUUGUACGGGUCGAACCCGAAUUACAAGCGGGUCGAGCCUACUCCCAGGUAUUGGCUCGUUUGUGAGGCCUGAAGGCCUUUAUGGGUUUAUUUAUUAGUGUGGGAUCAGGCAGGCCUUGGGCUCAGAGGAAUUGGGCCUUGGGAUCAGGCCUUUUAGCUAGAGACCAAUUAAGCUCAAUUGAUAGGAGUACUAACCACCAGACCCCUUUAUUUAUGUACUACCAGUACAUUCUAUUUCAACAUGGAGUAGUAAAAUUUCAUAUGCUUUAAUGUUCUUCUA